GUUGCACGCUACAUCCAGGCACUCCGCGAGCGAGCUGCGCCAGUUCUGCAUCCUGCUGACGGCGAAGGCGCUGGUGCCGACCAUCACGUUCCACGGGCUGGCGCGGGACCCCUUCCAUCACCUGCUCAUGAUGCGCCGCUCCGCCGAGGUGCUGGAGCACCCGUUGUACCUGCACCCGCUCUGCUACAUGGCGCUGGGCCCCUUCCUCGGCUCGUCGCUGGCUCUCCUGACCUCGUCCUGCAUGCUGCUGCCGCCGGUGGCUCCCGCCUGCGUGAUGCUGGUGAUGUGCCUGGCGAUGGCCCACGUCCUCAACCCGCUCUGCUACUUGCCGCUGGGCCACUUCCUCGGCUCGUCGCUGGCGCUCCUGUACUUGAUGUGCAUGCCGCUGCCGCUGGUGGUGGCCGUCAUCGUGAUGAACUUUUCCUGCAUGCCGCUGCCGCUGGUGGCGCCCGUCGCCGUGAUGCUGGUGAUGCUCUCGCUGCUCUCCGUCCCCUUGUCCGCGAAUGGCACCGUGUCGAUUCUUUGGUACUCGGAGUUGCUGCCGCUGGUGGCGAACAAGUGCAUGACGUCGCUGCUGUGGGUGGCGAUGGUGUUCGAGCCGCCCCGCUACCUGAUGAUGCUCUUCCUGAUGAUGACCCGUGUGCUGCUGCCGCUGCUGAAGCACACCUGCCUGACGUUCUCCCGCAUGAAGGACACCUGCAUGAAGAACACCUGCACGACAAUCCUCACGGACACUUGCAUGAAGUACACCUGUCUGGAGCACACCUGCAUGACAAUCCUCAAGAACACUCGCAUGAAGUACACCUGCUUGCCGUUCACCUGCACGGAGAGCACCUGCAUGAAGACGCUCGCCGCGAUCCCCCCGAAGACGAUCGACAUGACUGGGCGGUCCCUGGCGUCGAGUUCCUUCGCCGAUCCGCCCUUCUUCAACUCCGCUGCUGCUGCGCGGCUCAUGCUGAUCUGGCAGAUCGUCUGGUGGAUCCCGAAGAAGGCCUGCGCGUUGCUGCUCGUGCCGUCCCGCCGCCUGGAGUGCCUGACGCUGUACCCCACAAGCAAGCUCUUCCUGCCGCUGCCGCUGGUGGCGAACGACCCCGCCAG